AUGGUCCGCUGUAUCAAGUGUAAGAAGUGGUCUGCUGGGCCCCAUUUCGCCAACUGGUGUCGUCAAUGUUUACUCUUCUUUGGUUUAGACCCCGACUCAGACCCAUUAUUUUUAGCAUCUCAGUCGAACAGCCUUAAUAGCAUCCUACCCCCCAACCCACCACCCCCAGUUCCCCCUCAAAGCCAAGCUAUUGGCUCCUCUGAAACCGCCGCUACCCAUACCUCUGCCACUAUUUCAUUACGAUCUUCUGCAGAUGUUCCAGUGUGUGCCGGCACCAAAGCACACUUUCAAGCUGUUGGAAAGGCCAAGCGACACAAAACUCCACUCCCUUCAGCUUCUCCUUAUUCGAAAAGCAAGAAAGUUAAAAGUUCAGCCUCCACCGACGAUUCCAACAAGAAGAUCUUCAUCAAUGCUGGUGCCCUUGUGUUGCGUGAUGAGAAGCUCAAGAAGCUGGCAGCAAAGUACUCUCAUGACAUCGACAUCACUAAUCCGAACCUCUACUCACAGCUCAAGCAAGAACUCUGGGAUUUGUUUUCUUCGGAAUUGAUUCAAAAAUCAAUGAUUACUACCCCUCUUCCAGCUAGCCCACUCGAUCAAAUCACUUUAAGCCAUGGUGAAAGCCGCCUUCCCAAUCUCCGUACCUUACUCGCCUAUAUUUCAAACGCCAAGAAAAAACCCAUCCCUAUCGAUAUCAUUUAUGAAGAGCCUAGUGAUAUCAACACCGACAUUUCUACCCGGAUGUCAAGGUCUUCAAACACUCAGCUCUCUUCUCAAGCUACCUCACAGUCAACUAGCCGCCGUUCACUUCGAGAUUCCACCUGCCAACUAGACACUCGCCAACUAGCAACUCGCCAGCCUGCCAACCUUCAUCCCUUGACCCACGAACCUGAGCAGUCAAUGAUCAAUCAUAACAUGUUCAGUACUGUCCGGCGAAACCCUGCUGGCCAUAGUCAAAACUACGGUUUCAAUAACGAUACAUGGGCCAAUGGUCCAAUUGCUGCUACAGUUCCUUGUCGGGGUGUUGCCAGUCUUGACACCCAGAUUGCACACCUAGGACAGCCAUUGGGCAGAUGUCUCAUCACUAUCAAUCCUGAUGGAUGGAUUGUUGCACAGCGCCUGACAUUCAAGAAUAAUGACUACAGCUCUAUACAACUCCGUUCAGAAAAUGCGCCUCCAUCAGAACUGAUUGCGACUAGUACUCCGAUUACCAUAUGUAUUGAUAAGAGCUCUCCCAUUGGCCGUGGAAGCAUGCGAGUUGCUUAUCCGGUUAAGAUCAAAACCAACAUCGAUGGCGAUGGGAACUUCAGUAUCACAAACUUUGUUGCAAAAGAGCGAUUCAUUGAUCAACACCCUUUGAUUUCCAAUCAUGCAACUGAUUCUCGCAUGUAUCAAGCUUGUGGGCUCCUCCUUCAAGAAUUCAAAAACGUGCUUUCAAUCAAUACGGAUCCGAACUUAUCCCCUCAAAUACGACAAAAAGCUGCCGCCUUCAAUAUGGUUCGACAUUGUGUUGUAGUGACUGGAAACAAAGACAUUCCAUCCAAAAUCUAUUUUAUAGAAGCGGUUCUUCGGGGACACUAUGUGAAAUACUCGAGUAAUGUCAACUUCACCAUCACGAGGAACCAGCCUGGGAUGGAUAUCGAAAACUUGGAAAUUAUGAAUGCGUUCACUCAUUGGUCCUAUAUCAACUCCCAUGGGCAAAGCCUUGUAUGUGAUCUCCAGGGAGUUGGAAACAUGGUGACGGACCCGCAAAUCAUUGAUCUGGAUCCCAACCGUUGGGCCGAUGGAAAUAAUGCUGCUCAAGGGAUACAGAUGUUUCUCCAAAAUCAUUGA